AAAUGAAACAGCUGCUUUAUGCGGCUUUUGUCUCUAUCGAGAGAACAUCGAGAGAGCAAGCUCUCCUCUUAAUGGGCAAAUUAUUACUGGCUGGCCUUCCUUGAUUUAUUCACUGUUGAAGAAGUGAUUGGCUCAUUGUUACCUGCACCUGAUAGAGUACACUUGCUACACUUUCCGGGAUCUUUAAACACUAAAAUUCAGAUUAAGAAACUCAAGAAACUCGAAUAACGAAAAGAGGGAUUGUCAUUUUAUCUCAUUUACCGCUUUARGAGGCUUAGGAUUGGUAUCGUGCAAGCUUUGUGCCGACGGUUUUAGGAAUGGAAGGAACUAAUAAUUCGCUUGUAGACUUUGUAAGCAUGGCGACUAGUAAUUUAAAACUUGCACUUGGACGACCAAUGAAGCCCAAGCGAAAAGUGAACCAUCGGAAGUAUUUACAGCGACAGCUUAAAGGUCGAUCAAGCUGUUAUUCCCCUCAAACGACUGUAGCCAUUCAACAUGACAUCCUUCCAAAUCAACACGGAAAAAGUGUUAACAAGAACGUACAAGCCAAACUGUCCUCUACUGACCACAUACAAUACACGCAACCUGCAGUUAAAUACCAGCCUAUCCAGCACUGGCAGUCUGUAAAGCCGCACAAUGCUCCUGAGUUGGUCAACGUUGAGCAAGUCAUGGCCGCCGUGCGUGCUGUUCCAAUGGUCGUCAACCCUGGAAUGAAAAGAAGGGCAAGCGAAGUGAUGGCACCUUUCCCAGAACCUGUCAAAGUCGCUAAGCAAGAUCACCACACUAACAAGCAUACAUCAUGUUAUGCUUACAACGGCCACGAUAACACGCAUAAAAACAGCGAGCUUUUCGAAUGGUUUGGGCCUGAAUUUGAUGACCUUCUUGAAAGAUGGUCGGAGGAGAGUUCUUGGAGUGACGGUCGUACAGGAAGUGAAACAUCUUCGGCAGCAGACCCCUAUUCUCCUAAUUCAGACAUUUCAGAUAACGGAUCACCGUUUGAAGACAUGUUCUAUGAACAGUUGAUGCGRUUUCAGGCGACUACUAGUAAACCAUGUGUUCAAAAAGAUUUUUUACAUGUACCUUCAAAACAAGUGAAUAGCUCUGGUUUAGAAUUCUUUUCGCCAGGACUUAAAGAACAUACAAGCGCUUUCAGGACGCAUAAGACAACUUAAGAUGAAUAACUCUUGUGUAGCUGUUAACUACAUUUUUAGAAUGGCUCUGUGAAGAGUGUUGGAGAAUAGAACAGCGUUUCUGAGAUGGCUAUCAGUCAGCAGAAAAGCCUUUAAUUACCACUAAUAUUACCAUCGGACGGUCUUUAAUUACCUAAGACAAAAUAUAAAACACUUUAAAUGUAAUCUUCAUAUACAGGUGAUUUUUUCAUCGAAUUGYUGUACGGCAGUUGGAUUUAUACGCUAGACAACUCGGUACAUUUGAUCGAAUAUUUAAAAUGGAUUCUCUGACGCAACCUAAAAAUGAACUCUGCUUUGACCAUUUCGUAGRUUCACACCUGACGAAACAAGCGAUACUAAAAAGAAUACUGAAAAUGUCUUAAAAGAAAGUAUCCGCCAAUGUUCGUAAUGACAGUAUAAUCCCUUGUUUCAAAAUAUUGAAUUAAAAAUCCGUCGACUACGUGAGACUUUUAAAAUUAAAUGACAUCAAAAGCCAGUGUUUCUAGCCGUUUCUAUAGUGCUUAACACAUUUUAUAUGUAUAAUAUCUAAAUCUUCUCUUUAGCAUGAAAAAUGUUUUUAAAAUUAUAUUUUAAAGAGAAAUAAAACAUUUGACAACCCU